AUGAGUUCCAGAGGAGGGUUUGUGAGCAGAGGGAGCUUCCGAGGAGGUAAAUUUAAAAAACGUGACGGCGGAUCAAGCUCUUUUCAAUCAAAUGAACCCCCUGCCGAAGUUAUUGAGGUUGGAACAGUUUCACACGUUUGCGAGAAUGAAUUAGUAUUGAAAUGUACACUCACAGAUAAAGUGCCAUAUUCCAAUGGGAGAAUAUUUUUAAGUAAUAAGCAAGAAGUUGGAAAAAUAGAUGAAAUCUUUGGUCAAGUGAACAACUACUAUUGCUCUGUUAAAUUGCUGGAAGGCUUUAAAGCCACUUCUUUUGAACCGAAUUCGAAAUUGUAUAUUGAUACGAGACAGUCGCUUCCAAUGUCGCGAUUUACUAAUAAACCUGAUGAGAAAACACUUUCUUCUGCUUCUAAGAAAUCAGUCAAAAAGGAUAAGGCCUUUAAAACCAGUCGUCCUACAGGCUCUCAUAGCUCCCGAGGGACCUUUAGGUUGUCGAGAGGAACGUCAAGAGUUUCACGAGGGACCAUGAGAAGAUAA